AUUUGGAUGGGUGAACUGAACGGGAUAAGAUGCCGCCGAAAAAGAAGCUCUCGAAGAAGGAGAAGGCCCGUCUGGAGGCCGAGCAGGCCGAGCUCAUGCGGAUUGAAAUGGAAAAGGAGAAACUCAAGAAGCUGGAGGAGGCCCGUCAGCGCAAGAAGCUGGAGAUGGAGCAGGCGAAGCACCGGCAGCAGCAGGAGGUGGCCGAGAACCGGCUGCGGCGGUCGCAGCUGAAGGACAGCAUGCUCUUCUUCGACGCCGUGCGCACGGCCAUCGAGGCCAUCAAGGAUGGGGAGCGGCACGAGCGGGACUGGGAGAAGUUCAUGCGGUGCAACGGCCUGCCGAAUGCGGCCAGUCCGAGUGACCUACGCAAGUAUAUCCACCAGUGGCACACGGACAUAGCUCGGCGGCACUUGGAGUCCCGCAACUGGCUGCUGCGCACCGACGAGCGCACCCUGCUGACCCAGGAUGCCCAGGUGCCGGAUCUGACCAGGAUUUCGCUGCGCCAGCAACAGGGUCGACUGGGCGAUGUCUACUCCCAGAGAAUUCAGGAGGUUCUGGGGGUAGAUCCUCAUGAGCUGGAUGAAAUGCUGCCGUUCAAGCAAAAAUCGGCCCUCAUUGCCGCCGAUCUGGUGAAGCUAAAGACCGAGAUGCGGGUGUUCCUCAGGCAACAUCUGGAUGAGUUCACCUACAAGACCAUGUCACACAUUGAAAGGGAUAUGGAAAUCGAUAGGCCAGGUGUGUCGAAACACAUCUACACCUCGGAUGUGUUCCAGAGUUUUGUCUGGACCUUCUCCAAAGAUGCUCAAAUAGCCCUCAAUCCAAAAGCCCGAAUUGGCGAGCAGUCCGCGCACAAUGAGAUCGACUUUCCAACCAUCGAAAUGCAAAUCUCACUGCCACCCACGGUUUAUUUGCAGAGCUCAGCUUUGCGGGGUCUCAGGUUGAAUUAUGAUCACUUUAGUGACUAUUGCAGCAGUUUUUGCUUGAAACAUGCACGGUCUGCAAAUGCUAAUAUCCUGCGGCAGACAAAGCGGGAGUGGCGCAAGCGGAAGGAGAUCCUGCAGGCGAUGCUCGACGAGUGCGGCCGGGAGAUUCCCCUGUCGGAGCUGGAGCAGCUCACCCAGGACCAGCACUCGGCCAGCUCGCAGCCUCCGAGGGAGCGCACCUACGACGUGGACAAGCUGUAUGCCGAGUACGAGGACGAGCUGAGCAAGGCCCAUCGACGGGCCAUCGGACCGGAGGCCUACGGCAUGCUGGAGACGGACGUCAAUCUGCGCAAGUACCGCAUCAUUGGCGGCGUCUACUGCAUCGACUUCCUCGAAACUCCGCAGCAGGACAAGCAGCUAAAUGCAAGAUCCUUCAUUCGCACCAUCACUUCGGCCAACAGUUUGGUGCACAAGGAGUACUACCAGACCUACAAGCCACCACCUCCAGUUCUGCCCGGAGUGCGACGAUUGCCCGAGGAGAUUGAAGCUGAAAUGCGAUGGAUUGAGGCGGCGCUGGACAAACUGGCAUUGGUCACUCUGCAAUUACCGGACUCGGUGAUUUGGUUCGAGCCACCAGUGGCCUGUCGCUGGGAAACGAAUGUGGAGACCUUGGAAAUGGAGCUGGCCGAUGGCAUGAAGCCGGAGUCGAAGAAAUCACCCAUUGAGGCCGAUGCGGAGGCGGAUGCCACGGGUGCGGUGACCGGAACGGCGGCUGAAACCACGGCCACGCCCACCGAGGCCACGCCCCUCUCCACGCACGCCCAACCCAGUCCCCUGAAGAGUUCACCCCGCUGUCCGGCGCGUCUGCGUUCCCAGAAAUCGGACAUUCCCGGAGAAUCACGGCUUCAGGUACUCCGGGAAAUAAACGAUUUCGAUCUGCGGGCCAUUCCCAGCGAUGUGGAUUUGUAUGGCCUGGUCAAGGACUUUGUGGUACCGCGUUUGCCCCAGGGAUUCUGCGUUCGCCUGGAACAAUCGACGCCGAUCAUGUCCACGGGUCUGCGACACCGGAAAGUGAUGUUUUUGGCCCGACAAACCCACAUCCGAUUGGGUCAGCAGGGCAAGGAACAAACAGACGAUCAACUGGCGAUACCGAAGGAGCUUCAGAAGCUGCGGUCCAACAAAACGGGUCUGGGAGCCGAGUUUUUGGACACCGAGGAGCCAGCCGAAAUGUUUCCUCCCCUGUGCUUCGACAAGCUUCUCAAGUUCCGGCAGCUGGCACCACGAUCUGGGCCACCGGCCCACCUCCAGGGCUACCUAUUCUCCCAGCUAAUCGAGGACAUGGAUCGACUGUGGCGACUGCAACUGCCAAGGGAUCAGCAGGAGGAGCUCAUCCAGCAGAUAUCCGAGCAGCUUUCGCCGACUGGCUCGCGGGCGAGUGAGCCGGCUGAGAAAGAUUGCAGACAGGUGGAAAACGAUGAGGAUCUGGCGGAGAAUUUGCAGCCACUUAGUCAGGAGCUAGUAGAUGUGCUGCAACCCGCCGCGGCAGCAGCCGCAUUCGCCUACUAUACGGGUAUCUCCUUUGUCCGGGACUCACAGCUCCCGCCGGAACCCGAACCGGAGGCCACAGCCAAACGCUCCAACAGCAUGGACAGCAGCGAGGACGACGACGAUGAUGUGGACAGCCUGGUGGAGCUCCUCGAAGGAGGAGCCUCCACGGCGGGAAAUACGCUGCACGACCUGCUGGGUCCUCCCAGUAAAAGUGACAACAGUGACAGCGAAAGCAAACAGAAAAUGAGUAAUGCGGCAGCAAUAACUCAGGGCAAAUGGAGCACUCGCGAUGUUCACGAUACCAAGUUUAAUGAGGACAAGCUCUCAAUUCAAUUCCGAACGGGAAGAUUGGGUAUUUUUGGAUUCGCUUUGAAUAAAUACAGCAAUAUGCCCUAUCAAACUUGGGACCUUCGGCCAGAUAUGAAAAAUCCUGGCACCAUCAUCUUCAGUUUUACGGCCUCGCUGAUCAGUUUGGAUAUGACCAUCACCGAAUCGGGCUAUACAGUCAACAAUUUUCAGGGUGGCAGCACUCAGGGCAUUACCGAUAUGAUUGGGAAGACAUUAUCGCUGGCGGAGCUCAAGGCCACUCUGAUCCUGUCCGCAGUGGAUAUUUUUCCAGACGAGGACGCCUUCUGCUACACGGAGGGAUCCUGCGAGAAGAACUACGUGAUGGAGAUGCACUGCUAUGCGUGCUUGUCCACUUUGGCCCAGUCGCAUAACUUCAGUUGGUCGCGUUGGAACCUUUUGGCUGGUUCCCGAACUGCCGUCCUGCUCGUUCGUGAACUAAUCGAGGGCAAGAAGGUGCCGUACUACUCCACUUUGCUGGUCACCCCGCUCAAGACCUCGAUCAUCGACUGCACAGAGGUGUCGGCCAGUUUCAAUGCCGUGGGCAUUGCCGGAAUGGAGUACUACGCCGAUCUGUAUCAGCUGUCGCAGGCCCAUGCGCAACCAGGAAGUUUGGAGAAACAGCGGACCAUGAGUCCCGUUCUGAGGGACAAUAUAGCCAAGAUUUUGAUGGCCAUUCGACCGCUCAGUUUGUGUUGA